GGUCCUCUCCUUGCCAGCCUCAUCUUCUUCUCCUUUCUCUCCCUCUUGAGUCUUUGUAUACAACCCCCCUUGGACAGAUGCCCACUCCAUUGGCCAUGUACCCAGCACUCUCAAUUCUCAAACUGGCCGUUCUGUUCGGCUUGGCAUCCUCAGCAUCCCCGUCUGAUGUGGUCUUGUGCGGGAAAUACGAGAAUUAUACCACCCCCUCAGGUGCAUUUACGUUCAGCACGAAUCAAUGGGGAGCCGAUGGCUCGGGCGAAGACUGUAUCACGAUCUUCAACAACGGCACCAUGUUCAACAGCACCUGGAAAUGGAGCCACAACCCGCAAUCUGUUCAUUCGUUCCCGAACAUCAAUCUGAACUCGGCAAAGCUGCCGCUUCAGCUCUCCAAUCUCUCAGCUUUGAACAUUGGCGCCUCCUGGACCAUGGCACCUGCAAGUCGGACCAAGAAGAAGAGUCUUGCUGCUAUCUCUGCCGCAGCUGACGUUGUGGUCGAUAUGUUUGCAGAUCUUGACCCGACACGGGCCGACAGCACCACUCUCCCCCAGUACGAAGUUAUGAUCUGGUUUGCCGCUUUUGAUGGGAAGAAGCCCAUCGGGUACAGUUCUUCGAUAACGAACCCACCGACGCAAACUCUCAACGAUACAGACUUUUCAUUGUACAUGGGGCCGAAUACCAACGGCCAAUAUGUUUACUCCUGGCUGGCGUCGUCCAAUGUCAACAAUUUCGAUACCGAUAUCUCGCCGCUCCUCCACUAUCUCUGGCGGGAAAAGUACAUCUCCGAGUCCAACUAUCUAGGGGUCGUACAGUUCGGGAGCGAGACUUUCCACGCCACGUCGAACGUGACUUUCUCCGUCCGCAAUUUCAACAUGAGUAUUGAAGCCGGAACUCCAAAGCCGACCACCUCAGCAGCGACGCCGAGUAGCACCUCCAGCAGCGCGCCCAAUCCCAAGAAAUCACAGGCGUCUGGAAGAUUCAACCCGAGCUUAGCGCUGGUGAUGAUGGUGACGACUAUCUGUACUAUCUGCAGCUGGGUCAUCCUCGGGACGUAAGGUACUUUUUUUUUCCUAUCCAGGAACCCAAUCGGUCGUGGGGGUUAGGAGGAUCUACGGAGUCGGGACAGAUUUAGAGUACGAAGACGAUAGCGAGAGAACUGAGGAAUCUGAUCUACGCCAGCGCAGGGGGCAGGGGCUCCUCGCAGAAUGCGAUACGUAAAUGGGUCAGCAGUGCAGCACAGCUAGGUCUCAACAAUAUUUUACGAGUACUUAGACGAACGGCUAUGUGCACUACUUGC